AAUGGUAGUCACUUGAGUCAUGCGACUCCGUCACAAUUCGCGCUUUUUGGCGGGAAAAUCGGCGCCUUAAUCAGUUUUGUUUUGUUAGGGUAAAUCUUCUACCUGGUUUCUGAAGUCAACCACAAAUAAACGCACGGAAAAGGCGAUUGUGGAAAGACAGAAGAACACCCAGAAGUUGAAUUAGGACGACAAUGACGACAAGGUAGGCCGCUAGUAUCAGGCAGCCAUCUUGGUCAUAUUGGUAGGGUGUUGAUCAGCCAAUUUGGCAUUAGGCUGUACAGAGUCAUUUAUGCUGUCCGUAACACGGUUUUCCGCAGAAACGUUACAGGCAGUCUUCUCUUUUGUUGACUCGACGUUUUCGACCUUGCUACAAUGCAAGUAUACGUGUUAUUUGAAACAGUUCAGUAUCAAGGCUACGCCCUUCGGCUGCUGUAACCUAGCAGAUCCAACUUCGUCGUUGCAAAGUCUCGAAGCCAGGCAAAAAGGUGGACAAAUCUGAUGAUUGUAGAAGAAAUCCUGGCCACACUGGAUAUAUCAUAGAAUGAGUACUUCUGUGAGAUACAAGGAGCCCAGUCAGCCUGCAGACACUGGCACGGACAGCAAUGGAGCUAGUUGCUUGGUGACUGCGUCCAGUGAAAAGCAAUUUAGGGAGCUGUUGAAGCGUGUGCUACUUGUGAUGGAUGGAGCAUUGUCUGACCUAUUGCCGGCAUGUCGUCUUUGGGAUCACAAUUUGGAAGUUUUCAGUGCAAAAGAUAAUGAAAGUGGAAGUCAUGGUAGCGGCAAGGAGUUCAGUUCAGCCAACAAAGGCAGCAGGGGACAGGACUGCCAGACUCCGAGAUCAGGUCAGACCAGUCCUCCAACGCAAGUGCCUAAAUCCUCCGGUGGAGGCGGUGACGAUGGAGAUGGAAGUCGGCGCCCUCCGUCUGGUGCGGACAAGAAGAAGCUGGACUGUGAUAGGCCUUCUGAAAAUAAGACGAAAAAGAAGACUGCAGAAGAGGGAGAAAGUGACUCUGCAGAAGCCGAGCUUGGGUCAGGGGAUGAAGCAGCUGGCCAACCGACUGAAAACGGCAUGCAGGCUCCAAACAUGGUCGGAGCAGCGCUUGAAGAAGAAUUUGAGCCCUCUCCAGAAUUGGACCAGGGUCGAAAUUUUCAGGGGGCACGGAACCCCCCAUUUCAGAGCUUCCUGGAAGAUCAGAACCCCCCUUUGCCAUUGGAGUCAUGGUUGCCCGAAGGUGGAGUGGUCAGACCUGACCGGUCAGCAGCUGUAGGUGUGAUGCAGGGAGAUUGUGGGCAGCUGAAUGAAGCUGCCAGGCGGAUUGAUCACGAGAGAGACCUAGAUCCUGCAAUUCUGGCAGAGGUGCAGGACGGAGUGUUGAUGGAUGAGGGCUUGAUUGCCGAGAAUGGGCAUUACAUAGAGAAUGACCAGUUCCUGAAGUUGGAACAGAUUGGCAAAGGAGCAUUUUCAAAAGUCUUCCUCAUUGAAGACAAUCAGUCAAAGAAACAUUACGCUGUGAAGUGUGUUCCCUUGGAGCGUUUUUUCCUAUACGAGGUUCUGCUGUGGUCUGAUUUGGAGCACAACAACAUUGGGCACCUUCGUGGCGUGGUUCGGACAGGCAGUGAGGUCCUGUUAAUCUCCAAAUACAUCCCUGGCCAGACUCUGGAGCAAAUGGUAACUCAUAGGGUCCUAAGCCAGGGAGAGGCCUUGAAGAUGGUGCGGCCCCUGAGCUGUGGUGUCUGUUACCUGCAUGCCAAAGACGUCGUCCACAACGAUAUCAAGUUGGACAAUAUCAUUGGGGAGCCCUGCAGAAAUAGCCUGGUAAACCCAGUUCUUGUUGAUUUUGGAUGUGCCAUGAGGAGAGUGCAUGUGGACAUGGAGGGAGUGAAUCAACUUACUCCGGAUGUGGACGGCGUUAUGCAUGCAUUGAUUUCUAUCCUGCAGGGGCCUAAGCGUACACCCAGGGCGAGGAUACCACCAAGCACUGACGAACGACUAAAACAAUUCAUCAAGGGUGUUUUGGAGGAUCCUGAGAGGUCGGCAGCUAAGACCUUGGAGAACUGGCCUCAUCACCUUGAGGAGGAGCUAGACAGUGUCCCAGCCGUCAUGGACGACGAGGGUCUGGAUGAGGCCUCUAUUGGAGUGCAGACACUGCCAGAUGAGAACCCCAGGCCCUGCGAACCACCCAGGGCAGAGUGGGAUAUAUGUGGGUUUUUCGAUUGAGGGUGUAACUGGUCGGUGAAGGCUGACCAUUAUGUUUUAAGCCCCUAUCCCGUCCUUUCUUGGUCUCAGAUGAGCUAUUUUCACUUAAAGCUCACUUUCCAGAAAAAGCAAACCAAUUGUGAUAUUUGUUAUCACGAAAAUGUGUUUUGAAAGAACAAGAAGGUUGAUACCGUCGCUGUGGCUUCCACUCUACUUAGGAAGGCCUUUUUUAUCCUCCAUCCACCGAGCAUAACAUCACAAGACCCCACAAGACCCCAUCAGACCCCACAAGACCCCAUCAGACCAACCCGACGCCUGAAGUCUUAAUUCAAGUCACCGAUCUGUUUGAAUGAACUCUAUCAAAAAAGCAUUCCUUUUUCGUUGUUCUCCCUGUUACUUGUGACUGGUCUUGUGAAUGGCCUUGCAAUGGUUUUGAUAAUACAAGACCACUGUCUAUUGUUCGCAUUUCAUUCAUAGGCUAUACCGUCUGCAUAUGGGGGGAAUGUCGCUGUUCCCCGCCCAACAAGAGGCAAAGUUUUCUUGGUGUUUGCAAGACACGGAAAAGUGUCUAUCCUAUUUCCUGUUCUUCACCUCCUUGGGGUAAAACCAUAAAAAAAAUUGUACGAUGACCUUAUCAAACGUUAUGGCUUCAGGGAAAAAUUGCCCCUCCCCUGAAAAUUUGAUUUUGAUCUUUCCGUGAACAGUUUUGCAGUGUUCCAGAUAUUCCUGUGAGAAAUGUACAUUCCAUAUUGGCAGCCAGCGUCUUGAAUUAUUGCUCUUUUCUCUGUCAAACAAAAUGGAGGGGGGGUUAUGGUUAUGGUCCAUCGUUUUUCAAAACAUCUGAGCGACUGUGUUUUGCCAUUGCCUUUGCACGUGAGAUGAUUAACUGUAAUAGGUCUAAGUCUUGGCUUAGGGUGAAGUGGUCAACACUGCCACUUCUUGGGUAGAGAAAGUUCAAGUUUAUUUAGGAAGAUUUAUUAUGGCAAUUGGAUGCCAUGGAUUGUUGUCCUCCGUAGUUUGUAUAUUUUUGCAUGGAUUAAAUAAAUAAUGUAAUUUUAGAACAAAGUCGUACUUUUUAAAGGGAAUUUUAUUACAUUUGUAUUAGAUCUCAAAUCAUCUCUUUAAAAUUUUAUCGCCGUUUUUUAUCUGGACAGUUGAAAUUACGUGUUUUAUUUUUCUGAAGAUGUAAGUUCAAACCUGGAAUUAUACAUCAGUCAAAGAUUCAAAAUCAUUGAAGUUGAAAGCUCUAUUUGGCAUCUUGACACAUGCAUUUAUAUUUAAAUGAUUAGAAAUAAAUGAUCUGAAAAGUGACUACA